CCUUUCCAUUCCGUACCAUUCUCUCUAUAUAACCUCCCUACCUCCACCUUCUUCUUCUUCACUCCUCCCUCCUCCUCCACCUACACUUUUCAAACUCUAAUGGCGGCUCUUUCUAUGCUCGAUUCCAACUCACAAAUGGACAAACUCACCUCUGAAAUCUUCUCCAUUCUCGAAAACAAAUUCUUGUUUGGUUACGAUCAUCCUUCUCCCACUACUACUCUUCCAAUGGAAGAAAUGAAGUCCUCCGGCACCGGAAAAGUAAGGGUUCUUUCCAUUGACGGUGGUGGCUCUACUGAUGGGGUGUUAGCCGCCACGUCAAUACUUCAUCUUGAAUCAUCUCUCCGUCGUAAAUCUGGAAUCGCCGAUGCUCGCAUUUCCGACUUCUUUGAUGUUGUUGCCGGCUCCGGUGUCGGUGGCGUUCUUGCAGCGUUACUGUUCACACGAGGGAAAGACGGUGCACCGUUGUUCACCGCAGACGACGCGCUUAAGUUUGUGGUUGACAAUGGACACAAGCUUUCACGGUUUUCCAAACAAGGGAUUUUCCGGCGGCUUUUUAAUACCCCGGCGAAGGGCGGGAAGGUGUUUCGCCGGACGUUUGGUGAUUUAUCGUUGAAGGAUACUAUAAAGGCGGUUUUGAUUCCUUGUUAUGAUCUUACCACCGGUGCUCCGUUUGUGUUUUCUCGUGCUGAUGCUGUCGAGAUGGACGGUUUUGAUUUCAAGAUGAGCGAUGUAUGUUCUGCCACAACUGCUGUAAGUGGGCCAGUCGCGACGGUGUCGGUGGACCGGAGAACCAAGAUCUCCGCCGUCACCGGUGAUAUUGCGAUGAAUAAUCCGACGGCUAUGGCAAUCACUCAUAUUCUCAACAAUAAGCAAGAGUUCCCGUUUUGUAACGGUGUUGAUGACUUGCUUGUGGUGUCGCUAGGCAACGGAGAUCCCUUCUGCGGUGUCGCCGGGAAUCAAACGCCGUCGCGCUCGGCGUUCGUUAAGAUCGUGGGUGAAACUGUUUCUGAUACGGUUGAUCAAGCAGUAUCAAUGGCAUUUGGGCAAUCUCGAACGUGUAACUAUGCACGUAUUCAAGCGAACAAGGGUUUUAUACAUUCUGAUAACAAAAUAAAAGAAAAAGAUAUGUUAAAAGUGGUUGAACAAAUGUUGAUACAAAAAAAUGUGGAAUCGGUGUUGUUUCAAGGGAGGAAAUGUAACGACACUAAUUUGGAUAAAAUAAAGUUUUUUGCAGCUGAAAUUGUUAAGGAAACUGAAAGAAGAAGAACCGAUAUAUUGCCUACUGUUGUGUUGAGGCAAACAACUACAUCAUCUUCACCACGAACAUCUUCUGCGACAACUUUAUCUAUCACGUCUUCAAAUUAGUCUUCAAAUUAUGGUUGGGUUCAAAAUGGAACUAUGAAGGUUUUUUCUAAAUAUUUAGGGUUUGGAUUUUAGUGUACAAUUAUUAUUAUUAAUAGGGGCUUUGAUUAUGUAUAUAAAGAGAUUUGAGGUUUGUGAUGGAAAUUUUUUUGUUCGAUCCCGAUUAAUGUCAUGUCGACUUUAGUGAAAUGAGGGUU